AUGACACAAGGAAAUGGCACUGAAGUGAGUGAAUUCUUUCUUCUGGGAUUUGGUGCUCAACACAAGUAUCAGUAUGUCCUCUUUGUUGUGUUCCUGGUGAUCUAUACAACCUCCAUGGUGGGUAAUACUGGGAUGAUCCUUCUCAUCAAUGCAGGCUCCAGACUUCAAACACCCAUGUACUUUUUCCUAAAACAUUUAGCUUUUGUUGAUAUCUGUUACACCUCAGCUAUCACUCCCAAGAUGCUGCAAAACUUCAUAGGAGAAAACAAUUCGAUAUCGUUCAGAGGCUGUGUGAUACAACUAUUGGUUUAUGCAACAUUUGCAACCAGUGACUGUUACCUUUUGUCUGCUAUGGCAGUGGACCGUUAUGUAGCCAUCUGUAAGCCACUCCGCUAUCCCAUAAUUAUGUCCCGAAUAGUUUGCAUCAGACUGAUAGCUGGUUCAUAUGUCAUAGGUUCAAUAAAUGCCUCAGUACACACAGGUUUUACGUUUACACUGUCCUUCUGCAAGUCCAACAACAUCAACCACUUUUUCUGUGAUGUUCCUCCAAUUCUUGCCCUUUCAUGCUCCAGCAUUGACCUCAACAUCAUGCUACUUUUUGUUUUUGUGGGAUUUAACUUGAUGUUCACUGUGUUUGUUGUCAUCUUUUCCUACAUAUACAUCAUUGCUGCCAUCCUAAAGAUGUCUUCUACUGCAGGGAGGAAAAAGGCCUUCUCCACAUGUGCCUCCCACCUGACAGCUGUCACCAUAUUCUAUGGAACCCUUUCUUACAUGUACUUACAGCCUCAUUCUAAUAGUUCCCAGGAGAAUAUGAAAGUGGCCUCCACGUUUUAUGGCAUUGUGAUUCCCAUGUUGAACCCUUUGAUCUACAGCUUGAGGAAUAAGGAGGUAAAAGAAGAGUUAAAAGGGAUAAGGAAAAAGUUCUUCUAG